AUGAGUAGUGUUAUACAAUUAAACUCAAUCUCUAUUAAAAAUGAAACUAAUUGUGGAUAUUGCAAUGGAGGUAAGUCUAAUAAACUCUGGGUAACAUCAGGAUUUUAUUGUUACAAAAUGAAGGUUGAUGAAUAUUAAUAAUUAAUGGAUAGAGGAUGGAGAAGAUGUGGAGUCUAUUAUUACAGACCAGCUCUAGCUUAGAGUUGUUGUUAAGCUUAUGCACUCAGAGUAGUUGCCUCUAAGUUUUAAUUGAGACUAACUCAUGAAAAGGUUUUGAAACGGAUUAUGAGAAUUAAACCUGUUGUUCUUGAUAAUAACAAUCUUCCUCUAUAAUAAGAAUAGAAAGAUUAAAUACAAAACAAUGCAAUUACAGAUUUAAUAAAAUAGUAAAUUUAAACUGACCUUGAUUUAAGUGAUUUGAUAAUUUUACCAAAAGUUGGUCAACAGUAUACUUUUAAAAGUAUACAAUAUAAAGAAGAAGACCAUAUUAAAUAUUUUAAAUACAUCAUAAUAAACACUUUACAAAAGAUAACAAAAUAGUAGUUGAAUCAAACUUUUGCAAUUGAAAAGGAAGAAUAUUCUAACUUACUUUAUUAAAAUUUUAUAAAUUCAAUUUCAGAACUAUAAAUUUAUGAAAUUUUAUUAAUUAAAGGUUAUUUAAAUAAGGUAGAAAGUGAUUGGGUCUUUGGAUGUAAUUUAAUUCCUUACUUUUAUUCGAAAAUUACUACAAUCCUAAAAAAUUUAAAUUUAACAUUUUUAAAACUUGAAGAAAAUAAUAAAUACAUUGAACUAAUUCAAAAUUAAUUAUUAAAUCUUGGCUUUGAUUUUAAAAUAUCAGAAUAAGAUCAUUAAUUAUUGAUUAAAACUCCUUAGACUUUAAAAGAAAAAAUAUUAAAAUCUAAUGUUUUAUAUUAUCUGUAGAAAUUCGAUUUACAAUUUAAUCAACCAUAAGAGACACAAACUAAGAAACAUCAUGAAAUUUAAAUUAAAUGGGUUAAAGCUUAAUUCUAAGAUGAUAGUUUUGAAGUAUAUAAAAAAUAUCAAAAGUCUGUUCAUGAUAAAGAAAGAGUAAGCAAAAUGAGUUAUAUUAAUUUUGUUUGUGUUGAUGCUCUUGAUAGUUAAGAAUUAGGAUGUUGGCAUAUGAAAUAUUAUCUAGAAAACUAAUUGAUUGCAGUUGGAGUAGUUGAUCUCCUACCUCAAUCAGUAUCAUCUGUAUAUUUUUUUUAUGAUCCUGAUUAUAAAAAAUAUUCUUUAGGAGUAUAUGGAGUUCUAUCAGAAAUUAAGUAUAUUUAAAAAAAACAAAUUACAAGCCCAUAAUUAUAAUACUAUUAUAUGGGAUUUUACAUAAUGGAUAGUAAGAAGAUGGCUUAUAAAGCAGAAUAUACUCCUUGUGAAUUACUAUGUCCUAGAACUUAUAGAUGGGUUUCAUUAACUAAAGAAAUAAAAGAAAAAAUUGAAAAAAUAACAGUUUAUGUUUAGGAUGUUGGAUUAGUAGAUUAAAGAGAAUAGGAAAAUGGUUAGAAUAUGAAUAUUGAUAGAUGUACAAUAGAUGAUAUGAGCUUUUUAGAUGUUGACAUUGAGAAUUUUAUUCAAUAAAAUGUUAAGAUUUCAUAAACAGGAAAAUAAUUUACAAUUUCAUAACUUAAGAAAAACUAUUAACAAUAUUUUAUGAAUUUAUUUAAGGAUUUUUUGAAAAAAAUAGGUAAAGAAUUAAUGAAGGAGUUUUUAUUUGCAAUCAAUUGA